AUGGAUACACUAUCAGAGGUGAUCCUAAAGAAUAUAUAUUCCUAUUUGGACUCAACAUUGGACAUCUUGUGUUUAUCUCUAACAUGUAAACACUUGUUGGACUUGUUACCAAAGCUUAGUAAUGGAUCAAUAGUGUUGGAUAAAUCAAUCAAGUUGGUUAGAUCCGAUUAUGUAUAUACCUUGUCACCUCCACUUCCAUUGUCCUCGCGUCCAGAGGACAACUUGCCAUCGAGCAUGGAGAUGAUCUACUCUGGCGAAUACCAGGUGCUCACCCCGCUCGAGUCACUCACCGUGCCACCAGGCGUCAGCAAGCUCACCUUUGGAUAUUGGUUCGAACAGCCCAUCGUGCCCGGUGCCCUUCCCCCAUCAAUCACCUCGAUCAAGUUUGAUAGUCGCUACGACAAGCUACUCAUGCUUGGCUCUCUCCCCACCGCCCUGGCAUCACUCACCUUGGGCGAGAAGUACAAUCAGCCGAUCGGUCGUGGCGUACUCCCCGACACACUCACUUACCUAUCACUCAACAAGGAUUACAAACAUAUGCUGGAGACUGGAACAUUGCCUGCCUCGUUGAUUACAUUGGAGAUCUGGGGCGAUGAUUCAAUGAUCGCACAACACUCUGGCGUGUUUCCACCAAAGUUACAAUCACUUAUGAUCAUCUCAAUCAAACGUACAAGUACAUUGGCAAUGCUACCGCCCACGCUCAAGAAGUUAAAGUCCAACAGCAGUCCACCAUUCACACAUGGUUCGUUGCCAAGCUCACUCACAGAUCUUUCCCUUGGCGAGAACUAUGACUCUGAUAUCCGUCCUGGCGACCUCCCCAACAUGCUCAGUCACCUCAGUUUGGGCUGGUACUUCAACAGAGUCCUGCAGCCUGGCGCACUACCAUCGUCGCUGACCUCUCUCACCUUUGACUAUUUCUACAACCAGCCAUUGUCGACGGGCGUGUUGCCCACGUCACUUGCAACCCUAGUGUUUGGCGGAUGUUUUAACCAAGCGAUCGGACUGGGAGUGCUUCCACACGGUCUGACCUCGCUGACAUUUGGGGCAAAGUACAAUCAGUCGAUCAUUCCUGGCGCCCUGCCAAACACACUCCAGUCUCUGACCUUUGGUGGUGAAGAUUUCAAUCAACCAUUCGAGAUCGACUCGCUUCCAAACUCAUUGAUCAAUCUUACAUUAAGCUAUUUCUUCAACCAGACUUUGGCGCCAGGCCUUCUGCCCACUGGACUACAAUCACUCACACUUGGCAACUCAUUCAAUCAAAUGAUCGGAACUGGAUGCUUGCCAAACACACUCACAUACCUCAAACUUGGCGACGACUAUUCCAAGGUCGUGGACAAGCAUGCCCUGCCAGCAAGUUUGAGACAUCUAGACAUGAAGAAGUUUGCUCAGUACAAGUGCUUCAAGGAUGCAUUGAUCGCAUCACCAAUCGAUACACUUGGCGUGGCAAAUGGAAUGGAUCACAGCAACACAAUGGUCCAGAUUGACUGCUCCUUGAACAGGUUACAAGUAGGUCCACAAAGAAUGGGUCACUCCCUAUUGUACAAGCAGAUGGUAUUGCUCACACCCAACGUACAGACCAUCGAUAUGUUGGUCGUAAGCAAGAAUAUACCAUGUCGAACACUAUUCAGAAAGGUUGACAAUGACAUUGCACUGAGUGUCACGACUAUCGAGGGUGUGAAGCACAUUGCCAAGACAUUCUAUUAUAGCAAGGUUGAGGUGAUAAUCGAGGAUGACGACGAAGAAUAUGAUGAUGAAGAGGAGUAUGAAGAUGAGGAGGAGGAGGAGGUUAAUGAUCACAAGGAAUAA